AUGGCACCUGCGACCAGACACUCGGGUCUUGUCUUGAAUGCAGUAAACCCAUCCCCACUCAGCUGUGUUGUGAAGCAGAGCGAGGCUCAUUUUGAUCUGUUUACAGUCGAAAUAAACAAUUUUCCAUUUGAUCCAGCCUGCUUCCCGAGGAACAAUUGGGGUGUGCUAUGUGACAAGUCAUGCCCGACGACAUGUGGUGACGGAAUAUGUGACCGAGACACAGGGUCCUGCAGGUCAUGCGCACACACUUACUGGGGUAGAACGUGCGACCAGACUUGUUUGAACUGCUACAAUGACACCUGCUUCCAGAGUAAUGGCCAAUGCAUCGCAAAGUGCAAGGACGGAUAUUACGGGUUGCUAUGCAUCAUCCCAUGUCUCCAUACAGGGUGCCUGGAAUGCUCUCGUGAUAAUGGCUCGUGUAUCACGUGCAAGGCGGGAUUUUAUGGUGACACCUGUAGUCGCGCCUGUUCCGAGGGUUGUGCCACUGACGUCACCGGGGUGAUGAGCUGUAACAGAUUCACUGGAAACUGCAAUGCUGGGAGAUGCAAAGACGGUUUCUACAAUCUCCAAUGUACGGAAAGAUGCAGCAGCUUCUGUCAAGGGGCAACAUGUUCCCUUGAGCUUGGUAAUUGCGCCCCAUGCGACCUGGGAUGGUACGGACAGAAAUGUGACUCGGCCUGCAGUCCGAACUGCAAGAACAACAACUGCGUGAACACGAGGACUUUCUGUUCAGAAGGUUGUGCGGAUGGAUUUUACGGAAGCGACUGUUCUCUGUCCUGUAAUGACAAGUGCGUCAACAAAGCAUGUGACGCCACUACUGCGGCUUGCAGAUUUGGUUGCAACAGCAGCAUGUACUUUGGUUCCACGUGUAACAGCGCGUGUAACGUGAACUGCCUGGGCGAUACUUGCAACAGGACCGGAUAUUGUCUUACCGGAUGUAAAGUCGGUUCCUAUGGAGACCAGUGUCAGUCAACGUGCCAAUCGAGCUCCAGAUGCAAUGACAGUACUUGUGGUCGUGUGUCGGGUAUCUGCGACAACUGCCAGGUGUCGGCACCUAGCGUGAAUUGUCCGUCAGCAGUCUGCCCAGCGGGUUUCGCAGGCGACGCUUGUACCACCCCUUGUCCGAGUAGACUGUGCCUCUUCAACAGGUGUGACAGCAACUCGCCCAACCACUGCACGGCCUGUCAGCAAGGGUCUUAUGGCAGCUUCUGUGACAUGACCUGCCCCAACUGCAAGUCAGGCUGCAAUCAGGACACGGGUGUGUGCGAUGACGGUUGUGAGGAUGGAUGGUACGGUCAGACGUGCAACCAACCUUGCAGGAGUGUCUGCGCCUCCUGCGAAAAGAACUCCGGAGAAUGUGUUACGUGUAUUGCCGGGCGGUGGGGUCCCAGCUGUAUUCAGACUUGCAGUGCUUUUUGUCAACCGACCGUCGAGCAAGGCGUCAACAUGCUAUAUUGCGACAAGACCACUGGCGCAUGCAGGCAGGGUGUGUGUCAGGUUGGGUACUGGAGGGCGGAUUGCACUCAGGCGUGUCAUGCAAACUGCCUGACCGAUACCAACGGAAAUCGAGUGUGCGAAAUCCUGGACGGUAGAUGUACAUACGGGUGUAAGGACACUUUCUACGGCACCGUAUGCAACGAAACGUGCAGUAUUCGAUGUAACAAUAGAAUGUGUAAGAAUUUCGCUAACAACUGUGACCUUGGCUGCUCGGACGGUUACUAUGGCGACAGCUGCAGCGGGACAUGCAGUUUGCAUUGUGGAGGAGACAAGAAAUGCUUCACGAAGAACGGAACAUGCACUCAAGGAUGUGAAUUGAGUUACUACACGCCAAGAUGUGAGACACCAUGUGCUAACACGUGCUUGGACGGCACAUGCGACGCUACGGGGAGCUGUCCGGAUUGCAAGAGAAGCCCUGUGGGACUGAACUGUCGAGUUCAGCAGUGCACACCGGGGUAUUACGGAGCCACGUGUGAAAGUAGAUGUCCAGGGACGCAAUGCAUGAACAACAUGUGUAACCGCCAGAAUGGGCAAUGCGAUAACGGAUGCAAUACCAACUACCACGGGUUUUAUUGUACAGAAACUUGCCAAUGUAACACUGGCGGAACGGAGAGGUGUGAGCAGGCUGACGGCUCAUGUAAAUGCAGGGUAGGGUGGACCGGAAAGCUAUGUGACAAGUUUUGCAAUGAGGGAUUUUUGGGAUCACAGUGCACUCAAGAUGGCACCUGCUUGAAUGGCUGUAAAUCAGGCUACUAUGGCAGAAACUGCAGCAGGACGUGUGACAACUGCGUCGGAAGGAACUGCAGUGGUAGCACGGGCGUCUGUACCAACGGCUGCGUAGCUGGUUACUAUAGCAACAUGUGUAACAUAGCCUGUCCAGCAGAAUGCAACGAAUGUGGCAGUUUAGGCAUCUGCACCAAGUGUAAAGACACCCACUAUGGGCUGCCUGCCUGCACCAAUGCAUGCAGUGAGAACUGUGCAGUCACUUCUUUCGGUCGCGUCUGUAACGAGAUUAGUGGGGCGUGCAUAGGGGAAUGUAAAGCAGGCUUUUUCGGUGCACAGUGUCAGUCAGUAUGCAGCGUGCAGUGCGCUACGGGAAGUUGCGACCGUGGAAGCAGAGCGUGCACCCCAUGCAAGACCGGAUACAGAGGGACAAACUGCACCAUGACUUGUUCUGUGAACUGCAAACCAGGAAAAAACGGUCGCACAUGUGGACAGUUAAACGGCUUCUGUGACAACGGCUGCAACACCGGUUUCUACGGAGACGACUGCGUUUUGACCUGCCCGGUUAAUUGCGUGAACAAACAAUGCGACGCAAAUGAUUUUUGCACGGGUUGCACUGAAGGUUAUUAUGGCAGCACUUGCUCCAACCAGUGUAGCGGUUGUUUCGAACUUCAGUGCUCCCCAACCAACGGCGACUGCCUGAAGAAAUGCGUGACCGGAAAGUACGGAACUAAGUGUAUGUCAGACUGCCUUGAGAGAUGUAAUGAUAACACGUGUGAUCAGACGACUGGAAAGUGUGAAGCGGUUUCGUCCUCUACGGAUUCGAACAAUCCUGAUACACAUAACGAUAGCAAGCCAUUACCUGCGGCAGCAGUGGGAGGAUCAGUCGGUGGAUUUGCCGCUGGUGUUGUUUUGGUGAUUGUUAUUAUUAUGCUAAGACGCCGGUAUCGGAUCAAGUGCCCGUGUCAGCGCAGAGACGAAUCGGGCGAUCAGUCUGACAAUAGUGACAGCAACGCACGAAUAAACGCGAACGCUAGUGGCCAAGAAGGACAUAUGUACGCCGGAUUACAUGCAAACAGAAACUCUGAAUACGAUGUUGUUGAACCAGGGCAUUUAGAAACCAACAUGAAUCAGCUACACCAAGGAGCGUAUGUACCAUUUGAUUCGCGCUUAAGGAAUGAGCAGAUAUACAACUCACUGACUUCACCUCAGCCUCAGCCAAACAGUGAAGCGGAAUCAGUAGAAUCUCAGUUGUGAAUUCAAUUGCUUCGUAGAAGAAAUGUUUUUGUUCUUUUCACAAUAUGUAUAUCCCUUAACUCAUUUGUAUUUCUAAGCUUUACUUAAUUUAUUGUGUCUUUUUAUUAAAUCAACUUUUGAAUCACAAAAACAUUGAGUUAUAAUAACAAAGGUUAUGAGGAAUGACUAUGUAUUUGCUAUAACGGAAACAUAUAUGUAUGUAAUGGUGGAAAAUUACGUCCUCAUACCGACAUUAUGAUAAUUGCUUAAGUUUGAAAUAGGUUAAGCGCUUAGAGUUCGAGGUUAAAACGAAACCAACCGCAUACAAAGUAGACUGUUCAAGUACAUGUACAGGUAACGAGGUGAUAUUUCUUGUAUUGUUAUAAAAAGAAAUGAUCUUCAUAUCAACUCGGCGUCAGUCUUGUUGUUCAUGUUACAUGUAUCGUUCUUUACAAUUAAUCUUACGUUGUUAUUCAUUAUUGACUGCUGGCAUGUAUAACUUGUAUCGUACAAAUACCUACCAUAAUGCCACUCUAGAUGGCUGAGCUUUUUAUUUACUAUUAAUAAGAUCAAUGUCAUAGUUUGAAAAGCUAAUUUUUAAAAUGUAAUUUAUAAUGCUAGAUUUUUUAAGACAGGAUUAAAUAUUCAAAGCUUU